GGCCGGUUCCACAGUGCGUCGCAUCAGGGACCACAGCCGCGCUAUCGGCGGCCCUCUCGCCUUUUGAUGGGCGCACGAUCGUGCAUGGGCAGUGUUUCAGAAUUGCCGCACCAGAGCUUACAUAUAUGCCUGGCCGGAAGCCAGACCUUGUCCUUCUAUCCCCCUGUCCACAACAUUUGUACGACGGCUCAAGCUAGCCAUGGCACACAUACCCGAACCGCAGCAGGAGCUGCCCACUGAGGUCGUGCAGACAAUAUAUCACGCGAAUUUGCUGCUCAUUACCGUAGCAGCUCUGCCGCUCUACGAGUAUACCAUCACCUUCAGGCAGGAAGUCGAAAUUGUAUGGAAGAGACAGCCAACGCUGGCAUCUGGUCUACUGCUAAUCACGCGAUGGAGCCUCGUCAUAGGGUCCAUAAUGCUUACUCUGCCUCAGCCCACACCAGAAGGUAUUAUAUUUGCGACUUAUGUGUAUCAGCACUAA